AUGCUACUGCUACUGCUCUUUGUCUGUGGUUCCCUCCUCUACGCUGCUCUGCUCUUCAAAUUCAUCACCGGCACCGCUGAAGAAGAUUUCACUUUGACGUCAAAGGAGGUGUCAAUUGCGAAGAGAUUGAAGAUAAGAUUUGAUGGUGGCAUGUGGGUUUGCUUAUGUAUGAGGUCCUCAGAUAAUCUGGCAGGCUAUGAUGUCGGGCCAUGUGGCGAUGUGGAUCUAAUGAGGCUAGCUCUGGACAUGGUUGGUGCGCUCCAGAAUGAUAAGAUGGAGAAAAUGAUUCGACGUGCUCAUAAACACUCGACUACAGGGGAAAACAUGAUUCUCAAAGACAUGGCUGCCAUGCAUGGAGAUGCAUAUGUUUAA